GUGUCUAAUAUGAGUUAGUCGACUCAGACAAGUCUCUCUGGGUUUAAAUGUGUGCUGGGUGUGUGGAGGUGUCUGUAGGAACCAACAGAACAGCAGCUGUGAGGGACUACGUUACGUUAGCAGGAGUGAGGCAGCGAGGCAACAUGACAGCGACCACAUGUUUGGGUGUUAUAAUCUGCACCCUGGCGGCUCUGACGACGACUGACGCUGGCUCAUUGAAAGAAAAAAGAGGGAUGGCAUUUUCUUUCUUCUCUUCCUCUGGCUCCUCGUCACCCAGCUCCUCUUUGUCCUCUUCGUCCUCUUCAUCCUCCUCUUCUUCAUCCUCUUCCUCUUCGUCCUCUUUUUUCUCUUCCUUCUCCUCCUCCUUUGAAGGUUCAGCGGGGAUCUGUCUUAACGGAGGCAGGUCCAUCCCGUCCUUGACCACUGGGGAACACAUGUUCUGUUUGUGUCCUGACGGUUUCGAGGGGACAAUCUGUGAGACAGUGACAGGUGGCGAAUGUUACGAUGGUGUUGGACUGUACUACAGAGGCAAAGUGUCCAAAUCACAGAGUGGACGAACAUGUGUGGAGUGGGACUCAGACACCAGGCAGCGGUACAUGUCUUCAGAUGUCAACUCAGGGAGGCACAACUACUGCAGGAAUCUUCACUUCAAACGGCGUCCGUGGUGUUACGUGUGGAAAAGACAGAAGCUGAUGUGGGAGUAUUGUGGUAUUCCACGUUGUGGUUCUGACUCGCCUCCUGCCCCACCCACGCCUGCACCCACUGAGCCAGAGCCAGCUACAGAGUCCACAUGUGGCCAGCGCUCCAGGAGAAAGCUUGCGAAGAUCGUGGGAGGAACAGUUGCCACUGUGGAAUCCCACCCGUGGGUUGCUGCCAUAUUUUGGCGCAGCAAAACCAAGGAGAAGGUUUUCCGCUGCGGGGGGAGUCUGAUCUCAAACUGCUGGGUCCUCUCAGCUGCCCACUGCUUCCCUGACAGCUCCCACAACAAGCCGCGCCGCUUCUCCGUCGUCCUGGGGAAGAAUGUGAUGAAUGAGACGGACCGCGCUGUGGAGCAAACAUUCAAGGUGGAAAAAGUCAUCGUCCAUGACGGGUUCGACAACAGUGAUGGAAACUACAACAACGACAUCGCCCUGCUGAAGCUGAAGGGUAAAAAUGGGAGGUGUGCAAAGGAGACCAAGUCUGUGAGGACUGUCUGUCUGCCGCCACCUCAGCAGAGACUCCAGGCUGGAGCCACCUGUGAGAUCGCCGGAUAUGGGAAAGAAAAACACGGUUUGUGGUAUAAGUCUCAGUUCCUCAGAGAGGCUCAGGUAAACAUUCUCGCAGAUGAUAUCUGUCGGCAGGAGGACUAUUAUGGAAACUUGAUCAGUGAUAACAUGUUUUGUGCCGGUCGCCCCGACUGGAGCCAGGACGCCUGCGAGGGAGACUCAGGAGGGCCUCUGGUGUGCCAGGUCGGCAGCAGGCUCUUCCUGUUCGGAGUCAUCAGCUGGGGGGACGGCUGUGCGAAGGAGAAUCGACCGGGCGUUUACACCACAGUGACCAAUUACAACCAAUGGAUAGCAGAGAAGACGGGGCUGCCAUCCAUCGCUGCCGGCUACAUGUUCCCUCAGAAGUGAAGCGUGAGGACAAGAGCUGUUACUGCUGCUGUUUUCUUAUCUUCUCAGUGGCCUUAAAGGACAUGGCUGCAAUAUUUUAUAUUUUUCUUAACAAAUCAAACGAAAACACCAAAACCAAGAACACCAACAAGUAUUGUGUCGAUCCAUGUUCAAAAAACUACUGACAAGACUCAGUCCUGUUCUUAUUUUCAUCCCUACCACUUAUUAGGAGCACAGUUACAAGAGGUAGUGGAUAAAUUCUUUCCCUAUGAAAUUGGAAACCUUUCAAGACACGAUAUGAUACGUCUUAAAUGGCGUAACAUAAACAGAUGCGAAUAUGAAAGUAACAGUUUUAUCACAGUGACAUUAGCCAUUUAUUUGAUGGAGAUAGUAAAGCAUGAACGCUCUCAUUUUGUUCACAACACGAUCAAUCGAUCAAAUUAAUCAUGAAAUAAAAAGGAAAAGCUUCAUUACGAGGCCACUAGCGGUGUUCUGUAGUUACGUUAGCAACACUGAUUUCAGAGGAGUACAAACAAGUGCAGCAACUUCGCCGUUGGACUGAAGUCUUGAUUCGGGUGUCAUGUACCAUCAAAGAGAAUGCGACAAAGAAAUAUGUUAAAUUGCGGGACUAUCACGCACAAAUCAGCAACAGCGAUGUAACAUUAGCUAGCUAGCUUGUUAGCUACCGAAACAUCAGCAUGCGACUCACUGUUUGUUUUUGUUAUGCUUGUGAUAAAGAAAAGGACCAUAAUACAUUCAACGUGGUUAAACUAAGAUAAUACAAUCGUUAUUGUAGUCUUUAAAUCUUUAUUAACAAAGAAAAUAUAUUUGUGGGUUUCCUUCGUUGCCUCUGCAGCCAUCUUGCCGAUGACUUCUGACUCGGUUUAAAGUGAGCCUCUGAAAAACCUCUGUCCAAAGAGCCAUGUAGCCCGAACACUUCACACUCACUGUUGGCAACUCCUCAGUAAGAAAAGUAGCUAUUGGCUGUCCUAAAAGUCGCUAAAUGACGUCAUCGCCUAAUUUGUAUAAUUGUCCAUAUGCAUGUAAUUGUAAUGGCUGCUGUAGGAGAGAGGAAUAACGUCGUGGGAGAGACAAAAAGUGAGUAAAAACCACCCUGAAUAUGUUUAGAACUACAAAUGAACCUUCUUUCAGUGAUUUAUAUUAGACAAAGAAAAGUUUUACAUUUACAUCCUGCCCUGACUGUAAACCAGGUCGGGAUCAGCCAGUGGUGGUUCUGCGCAUGUGCGAUUCACUUGCAGCCUGGACGUGGAGGGGUGAACAUCUCCUGCUCUGACUGCUGCUGGGGGUUGAGAAGAAUAAGAAUGAUAGGUGCUUCACGUCAGUCUCCAAAACUCUCCAAUAACAUCAGAAAAAGUUGGCAGAUUUGUUGCUUGUCGCUUUAUUGAAAAAGAGUCGCUAGAGGGGUCUGAAAAGUCGUUAAAUAUAGCGACAAAGUCGCUAAGUUGGCAACACUGUUCACACUGCAGGAUCAGGACACCCGACCCUGAGUCGUGACCACAGAGGUGGGGGCUAAAUGCUAGGAGCAUGGGGUUUAUUGGGAUUACGCCUUAUGUUGCUUUUACAUUAAAUGCGAUACGAAUGUUCACGUUGCUUUACUUGCGCAAGUUUGAACACUAGAAUAUUUUGUGUUGACUUGCUUCAUACGUGUAGUAACUCCCGGAGGAUCUUAAUUCUGAUUUGCUACGCGUUGUGUAUUGGUCACUGAAUUUCAGAUUUUCCUCGAAAUUGCGCUACUUGUUUAAUUUGCGCCACUUAAUUUGUGUCAUGUGCGUUGUGUCCAUCGCAUCAAUUCCUGUCUAAUCGCACCUUUACAUUGACUUUACAUGAAUUCACUCGCACUAAAUUUUUUAUUCGCGCCCUGUGUGAGACACAACAUAAUGCUGUAUUCACACCGCAAACCACAAGCAACAAAACAUCUGUGCUUUUAAUGAAUGCCUGAGCCUCAUUUUAACAUCACAUUUCUCCACCCCAUUGCAACUCCACGUGCACCCCAAUGCACACAAAGCUAGCAUAGCGUCAGCUCAUCCACCUAAAUAACACAGUAACGUUACCACAGCCAGAAACCAAAGCAUGUAACAUAGUUGACACUUCACCGUGUCAUUAGGUUGCUGAAAAAAGUUGAGGUCUGAUUUGUAGUACGUCAUGCCCGUCCACAGCAACAAGUGUCAGGCAUCAGUUUGUAGCUUCAUGUCACCGACUUCCAUUAAAAAAGACUUGUAGCCUGUUGCUGUGACGCUUGUAGUGUGAACACAGAAUAAGAGUCUACAGCCAUGCGAGAACCUCUGUGAGGUGCUUACACACAGUGUUGCUUUGAGCUAAAUGCUAAUGUCAGUAUGCUAAGAUGUUCAUGGUGGCAAUGCUAAUGUUCAGUUUAAUAUCGGUAUUGUCGUGUUAGCAUGCUAAUAAGGACUAAACACAAAGUACAGCUGAGGCUACUGGAAAUGUUUCCUCCCUGCUGCCCACUGGAGCAACAAAUGUGGAUUCAUCCACCACUCAAAGUAGUCCCCAACACAUGCACUGUUUCCUUCUCUUUGAGUAGCGUUUAGCAGCCUUUUUAGGAAAUUUCCAAGCUUUUUUAAAAUGUAAAACUUUACAUUUGUGAGCUGUUUUCAAAGAUCUUGAACCCAAAGUGUUAGAGCCACAGACAGGGUAAAGAAAACAUUAAGUAUUAAGAGACGUACACGUUGUAAUGCGUUGUUGGUUUUGGUCUUUUCAUGGAAUUUGUUAAAAAUGAGAGAGAUGCAUUAUAUCCAUUUCCAACAUGUUGCGGAUGUGCAUGCUGCUGUUUAGAUUUUUUUGGAUGGAUUUAUUUUUCCCACCAUUCCAGGAAGCCACUGGUUUCCAUUCAGUAAUGAAAAAUGAUCCGUAGUUAAACUGCGUUAACCUAUUUCUUUAAGCUUUGUUUCCUUUACCAAAAGUUUAUUUCCAUAAAUACAAUGUGUCAGGGUAUCUUACAUGUAUACAGCUGUUCUGUGGUAUUUGGUAUUUCCUGAUGAUUCUUUCUUAUGUAAAAAAAAAAAAAAAAAAAAAGAUGUUUAUUUACAGAUUUAUUUUCAUAUUUUUUAGAUUUUUUUCUGAAGAUUUUCUUCACAAUGCUUUUUGUAAAUGGGUUUUUGUUCAUAUUGUUGCCUUCAAUUAAGAAUUUUUCUACAUUUUAAAGGUUGUAAAUUAAAAGAAAUACAGUACUGCACUUCCAUAAAGUUGGAGGUAAUCACAACUACAUAUAUACUGUUAUCUAUCAUAGUUUGGGGUUAAUAUAUUUGUACUUAAAACCUUG